AUUAUAUUUAAAUCUUUUUAUGGGUAAAAACUAUAGAAACAGAUCAAAGACAUCUGCCACACCAAGAAAACCAUUCGAAAAAGAACGUCUUGAUAAUGAGUAAUAUUAAUGAAUAAUUAGAUUGCAAAUCAUUGGUAAGUAUGGAUUGAAGAAUAAAAGAGAAGUUUGGAGAGUUCAACUCACAUUAGCCAGAAUCAGAAAGGCUGCCAGAGAAUUAUUGACUCUUGAUCCAAAAGACCCAAGAAGAUUGUUCGAAGGAGAAGCCUUGAUUAGAAGAAUGGUUCGCUUUGGUUUGUUGAGUGAAUAAGAGAGAAAGUUGGAUUAUGUCUUGGGUUUGACUACAUAAAAAAUGAUGGAGAGAAGACUCUAAACCUUUGUAUUCAAAAGCAAUCAAGCAUCAUCAAUUCAUCAUGCCAGAACCUUAAUUAGAUAAAGACACUUUAGGUACAAUUGACAUUUGAUCAUAUCAUAGAGUUGGAAAGAGAUUAGUAAAUUCACCAUCAUUCCUUGUUAGAGUGGAAAGUGAAAAAUUAGUUGAUUUCGCAGUCACCUCUCCAUUUGGAUAAGGAAGAGAAGGAAGAAGAAAGAGAAAGAACUCAAAAAGAAAGCAACCAAAAGAAGAAUGAUCAUUGUUAUAAUAUACAUUCAAUAAGUACAUUUCUUAUGUUUU